AUGCGUUUGAACAAAGACUCACAACCAGUCACCGAGUAUUUACAAAGUGUUCGUUCUAUUGCUGAUGAACUCUCUAUUGUUGGUACCCCCAUCACCAACUCUGAACUGAUAGUAAAGAUCCUUAGUGGUCUGGGUACAGAGUUUCAUGGUAUUUCUGCUGCAAUUUGUGCUCGUGACUCCCCUAUAACAUAUGAAGAACUGUACGAAAAGCUUCAGGACCAUGAACUUUUUCUUCGACGUGAGGAGUCCAAAAGUUUUCCUAUCCAGAUUACUGCUGGUGCUGCUACAUCCAACCAAUCUGGUAAUUCAAGCUAUCGCAACAAUCAUCGCCCCAACAAUAACAAUGGUAGCAACCAACAAUGGCGGUCCAACAGUCGCUUCACUUUACCCAAUCAGAGGAGAUCUUCGACCAACAACAACUCUUAUGAUGGUGUACGCUGCCAGCUAUGCAACAAACUCAGUCAUGUUGCAAACGUUUGUUGUAUCUCUUUUCCUUAUCCUACACACUCCGCUGCCCCUCCUGAUCACAUUGAUCCCCCGUUGCCUCAAUCAUUAGCUUUUCCAAUUGUGUACAGCCGCAGAAACAAAACAAUGUCAUUUGCUAGCAGAAACUCUGCUGCCCAUCCCACUGCCUCAAUUCUCCUACAACCUUCUCUUGAACCUGUUCCAGUCACAGAACCUCCACAACCUUCUCUUCCUCCAUUAACUCGUGUUGUGACCCGCUCCUAG